AUGGCUGUUGAACAAGCUAAUUCUGAGGUGCAAGAAAGAGAAAAGGCUCUUGCAGAAUAUCGCAGAAAAUUAAUCGAACACAGAGAUAUUGAUGCUAGUUUAAAAAACGCUCGCGAAAAAUCUAAGGCUGUAGAUAAAGAGUAUGAAAAAGCUGAAAAUGAUUUAAAAGCUCUACAAAGUGUUGGCCAGGUCGUUGGAGAUGUUCUCAAGCAACUUACCGAGGAUCACUUUAUUGUUAAAGCUAGUAACGGACCUCGUUAUGUCGUCGGAUGUCGACGCAACUUGGCCAAGAAUAAAUUGAAGGCAGGUACUCGAGUCGCCCUUGACAUGACCACUUUGACAAUUAUGCGACAUUUGCCUCGUGAGGUUGAUCCACUUGUCUACAACAUGUCUGUUGAGGAUCCAGGUUCAGUCUCUUAUGCUUCUGUCGGCGGUCUUUCUGAGCAGAUUAGAGAACUUCGUGAAGUUAUUGAGUUACCACUGUUAAAUCCAGAACUUUUCCAACGCGUUGGUAUCACCCCUCCCAAGGGUUGCUUGCUUUACGGACCCCCCGGUACCGGCAAGACCCUUCUAGCUCGUGCUGUUGCCUCGCAGCUGGACGCCAAUUUCCUAAAAGUCGUGUCAAGUGGUAUUGUUGACAAGUAUAUUGGCGAAUCUGCACGCCUUAUACGUGAAAUGUUCAGUUAUGCUCGUGAUCAUCAGCCUUGUAUUAUAUUUAUGGACGAGAUUGAUGCUAUUGGUGGUCGUCGUUUCACAGAGGGUACAAGUGCAGAUCGCGAAAUUCAACGUACUCUUAUGGAACUGCUUAAUCAGAUGGAUGGUUUUGAUGCCCUUGGGCAGGUCAAAAUGAUUAUGGCUACAAAUCGUCCGGAUACUCUUGAUCCUGCUCUUUUACGUCCAGGGCGUCUCGACAGAAAGAUAGAGAUACCUCUUCCUAAUGAGCAGGCCCGAAUGGAUGUUCUAAAAAUUCACGCUGCACCGAUUGCUAAGCACGGAGAAAUCGAUUGGGAGGCUAUUGUCAAGCUUUCUGACGGGUUUAAUGGGGCUGAUUUGAGAAACGUGUGUACUGAGGCUGGUAUGUAUGCCAUUCGAGCUGAGCGUGACUAUACGAUCGAAGAGGACUUUAUGAAGGCUGUUCGAAAGCUGGCUGAUGCUAAGAAGCUGGAGACUAAAUUGGAUUAUAAACCUGUGUAA